AUGUCUAGUAGUGCUGCAGCUAUACACGCAGUCUUGUAUCCAGACCGAGAUAUGUCUAUCUCAGUCGCUAAAGCUUCAUUAUCUUGGGUUUGGUUGUCGCUAUUCACUACCGACAUCAGCGCUCUUCGAGAGUCGGACACCUGCAAAAAGUCGUUUAUGGGCUCUUCAUCGUCUUACUGUAGCUUUGUUGGAGAGUACGGUAACACAUCGUGUCCCUCACAAUCAGCAGCGGCUUACCUUGUUAUACUGGAGUACUUUGUACUGCUUAAGUUAAUUCUCUGGCCCGUGUUGUUUGCGUUCUUUGCUAAAACGGCUAAAUCUGUCGAUGAUGAGGCAGACAAGAUCUGGAAAUUCCAAAUGUACUCACUCGUCACUGAAUUUAGGUAUUGGCCCUACUUUUUAAGAAACCAAUGGAGAUAAAA